AUGGCGAUCGCACAGCCACCUUCUUUCGGCCGUGACUUACCAGAUCAACUGAAUCGAAUCCAAAACGUUGUUCAUGAUCAGAUCGCGUUUUACGGUGACGUGCGGGAUUACUUCAAGGAGCGGGUAGCACUGGAGCGACAAUACGGUGCUUCACUCCAGCUUCUAGUUCGCAAAGCCAUGGACAAGCGUACGAAAAGGGAGGAAGCAUUAUCAGUCGGUCUAGAGACCAGUAAACCUUGGAAUGGGACGAGCAGCACUUUGGAUACAGCAUGGUCGAAAAUCCUCUCGGAGGCUGAUGAGGAAGCGUCAGAUCAUACCAACUUAGCGGAAUCAUUGCAGAACGAAGUCUGUGAAGUUUUGAAGACUUGCGAGAAAAAGAAGGAGGCUACAAGGAAGAGACAUGUCGAAUUUGGCGUGAAACUAUUAGCUGAACGAGAUAAAAUAUACCACGACAGGGCGAAGGCCAAGCAGCGCUAUGAUGAAGCCUGCUCCCUCGUCGAAUCAACUAGAGUCAAGCAAGGUCAAGCGAAGGACGAUCGACAUGUUGAAAAAGCUGCUAAGAAUAUGGACGUUCAUACCAACGACAUGUUAAGUGCCAAAAACGCCUACCUGCUUUCUAUCUCAGUGGCGAAUGAGGUUAAACGGAGGUUCUAUCAUGUUGAUUUGCCAAGCUUAGAAGACGACUUUCAGUCUAUCUGGUCAUUGACAGCCUCAAAAUUAGUAUCCCUCUUAAAAUCGUUCUCAACGUUGAACGGACGAUGUUUGGACGCGCUUCGGACACAUAAUGAGAAUUUUCUAGCUGCCACCAAUACUAUCGAUGCCCAAUCCAACCAAGCACUUUAUAUUGAAUACAACCGACGCCCAUUUACCGACCCUCCAGAUUUCGUCUUUGAACCCUGUCCAAUCUGGCAUGAUUCCGCUGAGUUUGCUCUUUCAGCUCCGGAACCUAAAGUCCUGCUGCAAAAUCGCUUAGGCCAGGCACGGUCCAAGGCAACUGACCUAGAACCAACGAUAGGGGCCAAGCGCCAUGAAAUCACCGGAUUAGAGAAUCUUAGAGAGGCCUACAGUAAAAACGAAUCCCUUGGGGACCCAGACGAAGUGGUCGAAAACUUGCUUGAGAGUGUCCGCCAGACGAUCACCUUGGAACUUCAGUACUCGGUCCUGACGAAAGAGGUUGAAGUCCUUGAGCAGACUCUCGGGGACGACCAGGGUUCUCAAAGGCCCCACAAUUUCAAGUCUGCAAGCUUUGUCACACCUACUUCUUGUUGUCUUUGCAAUUCGAACAUAUGGGGAAUCACCAAGCAAGGCGUGACGUGCAAAGCAUGCUCAAUAAGUGCACAUGUCAAGUGUGGACCCAAGGUCCCGUCAAAUUGUGCUGGAAGUGCGCCCCUCAAGCGGAAUGUAUCUCUGGCCGCCCCCUCGGCUUCAGAUAGUCGACAGCAAGGCGUUGAUCCUAUCCCACGAGAACCGCAGAAUCAAUCAGGUUUGUCUAGGGCAGUCUCGACCAGCACUCGACCGGCAGCAGUGUCCAACGGUGGUGGACUCGCCCGGGCUGCUACCACUAUUAACAAGACCGCCGCUCCCCCCAUCAACCGAAACGCACUUCACCGUAGUGAACCCAAAGCGAGAGCCCGAAUGAUUUAUGGCUAUGAAGCUUCGAGUGGCUUCGAAGUCAGUGCUUCGGAGUCUGAAGUCGUGACUGUGGUCUCCCCCGAUGAUGGAUCGGGUUGGAUCAAAGUCGAAACUUCAUCCAAUCAAAUUGGCUUGGUACCUGCUACUUAUGUUGAAAUCGUCCCCACCGACGCUGCAACUCCUUCCUCUGCUCCACCCCGAGCGGCAACGGGACCUACCCCUGUCCCUACGAGAUUGAAACGAGCCAAAGCGCUCUACAAUUGGAACGCUCAAGCUCCAGAUGAACAUUCCCUUUCGGUCGGGGAGACAGUGACGUUAAGUAAAGGGGGCGAAGCUUAUGGAGGAGGAUGGUAUGAGAUUAUCAAAGACAGCCGGAAAGGGAUUGUGCCCAGUAAUUAUGUUGAACUGUUAUAA